CAUUAAGGAUGGUAGAUCAGGGCUUAUUACAAUGGAUUUGAUGCUACGUGUUGUCUGAAUUGCCGAAUCUGUGAAGAUGUCGAGAGACAUGGAAGUUUCUACCGAAUAUUGUCGUAAAUUCGAGUUGGAUUGCUCUAACGAUGGAGUCUCUGAAGAGUCAAAUCCGCAGGACCAUGAGGUGGAAUCAUCGGAUUCUGGUGUCCGUAGGAGCUUUGAUUCCGACCAACGGUUCCAUUCUAUGAAUGCACUGGAGAUCUUGAGAGAAACUGUUAGAAUCCUUCGGUACAAUUCGUCGGCUUUCAUGUUGAUUGCAGCAGUUCUUAUUUGCCCAGUUUCUGCUGUACUUCUCUCCCAUGUCUUGAUUAACCAGUCAAUCGUAAAGAAACUGACUAUUAGGCUUCUUUUAGUGGCACAGUCUACUGGAAUGCCUUUGAAGCCUUAUACCAAACAGUGGUGCCAACGUUUAUCAGAGAUGGCACUUGCUGCUGCUUUCUACUUCCCUAUGUACAUUACAUUUUCAUUAUUAUCAAAAGCUGCUGUUGUGUACUCCGUAGACUGCACUUACUCCAGAAGGAGGUUCGAAGUGUCGAAUUUCUUCCCAACCAUUAUCAAGAUCUGGAAACGUCUCAUUUCGACUUAUAUAUGGGCUUGUAUGGUGAUUGUUGGCUGCCUUGCCCUGUUUCUUGUUCUGCUUCUUGUUGUCUGUAAUAUUUUUUCUUUAGUAGGUUGCCCAUCGGAUCUGAUUGUAUAUCCUGCAGUGAUGAUCGGAUUAGUAUUCUCAGUUGUUUUUGCCAAUGCUAUUAUCAUCUGUAAUCUUGCAAUUGUGAUCUCUGUUUUGGAGGGCAUAUCGGGCCCACAGGCUUUGCUUAGGUCGAGCAUUCUAAUACAGGGCCAGACUCAGGUUGGUCUUCUGAUAUUUCUUGGAUCGACUGCGGGGACGACAUUUGUGGAGGGGUUAUUUGAACAUAGAGUGAAGACACUGAGCUAUGGAGAUGGGUCCUCCAGGAUAUGGGAAGGACCUCUGCUGGUGAUGAUGCAUUCGUUUGUGGUGCUUAUUGAUUAUAUGAUGAGUGCAGUUUUCUAUUUCACGUGUAGAUCAUCUAGAUUGGAAUCCUCGGAGGGAGAAGUUGAAGUCAUGGCAGUUGCCUCUGAAUCAGUGGAUAUUCAAUGACUUAUUGCACAGUAAUGCUGUUUCAGCUUAAAUUUUCUAC